UCAACCAAAACUAGAACCGGUUCUACGAGAAGCCAGGAAUGUAAUCCAUGUCUACCUCCUCUACCGAAGCACGUAUUGUGGAAUCCGUACCUCUCCGAUCCUGAUCUCCUGAAUGGAAAAUGGUGAAAUGUACUAGUGAAGUUAAUGGUUAAAUGACAUGAAGUUUCUCUUUUAUUUCACUUAUGUUUUAGUGUGUAAGUACCAGGGAUGGAACAGAUUCUUUCCUUUGAAUUAUAACUCAGCCUGACUAUCCAGAAUAGUGAAUGUAGCAGUGACAGUAAUGCAUGGUUAAAUGAUGCACUUAUACUUUAGUGUUAAAUAAUCUAAAAUAUUUGCAGUUGAUUGUGCACUAGCAAAACUAUUUUGUUCUUCAUCCUCCUCACAAGUGUUUUGUUGUUAGAUUGCAGAUACCAGCUUGAUGCGAGCUGAGAGGGAUGGUGGCAGCAACAAUGGGCGCAGAGACGACUCAUGCUGCCAUCGUUUCUGUAGCUUUCCGAGCCCUAUGGCAGCACGCUACGUCUACACAGUGCACGGGUGCCACAGCGGAGGGUGUCAUGAUCAUAAGUCUUACCUGCUUCCUUUUUUUCUUGGUCAUGUUCUUCUCCACCAGGUACACGAGGAAGGUACAAGACCGGAGAAACUUGUACACGAGGAUGGUACCAAUAUAGUACACGAGGAUGUUCUUCUCCACCUCGUGUAAGAUCAUGAAAAAAGUUCUCUUACCAGGCUCCUUCAUGAUCUCUAUAUUGGUACCAUCCUACUGGAUCCAACUCUAUGGAAAAGUUGCACCGUUUGGAGCAGGGAUAUUUCUGUUUAUUCAGCUCAUAAGCGUAAUGAGAUUAAUCAAAAGGCUGAACUACAGAUGGUGCCAGAUAAAUUUUAAAGCAUGCUACCUUGCACGGAUCUUUGGAAUAGGUGGCCACUGGCCAGCAGAGCAGCUGCGGCAGUAUGAGAUGGACGAUAUCUUGAGAGUAACGAUGACGACACCGGGCUGCCACCUUCGAGUACAUGCUGAGCAGUAUCGACACUAAUGACCCGGCCUGCACCUUCGCCGGUGUCCCAGACGGCCAGACGCCGACGAUCAACGUCGAUUACAUCGUCGUCAUGAGCAGGAACGACCCAUGCAGAUGCAUCAGGAUCAUCAAGCCCUGCCAUCUGCGCUAUUGCCGGACGACGCAACUGGAUGAGGCUUACAAGGAAACUAACGUUAUUUUGUUUGUGCGUGCAUGUAAUCUUCAUUUUGUUUCACUUGCUUGUAUAUGCUGUAUACUUACUGGUGGAUCCAGGGAAUGAAAUCAUUACGUAC